AUGUCUCCCAGGUUUCCGAGCGACAAUGUCGAUGUGUCAUCUCUUGGGGCACCCUUGCAAUUUGAAUUCAGUCAGCGCAAAGCUCCAAAUCGCUUUCUGAAGGCUGCUCUGUCGGAACGAAUGGCGUCGUGGUCUCCGACUGAUCUUUCGGCUCGAGGAAUUCCCAGCCCAAAUCUCAUCAAUCUUUAUCGUCGGUGGGGAGAAGGUCAGUAUGGACUGAUCCUCACCGGUAACAUUAUGAUUGCGUACGACCAACUCGAGGCACCGGGAAAUAUGAUCAUCGAUCUUGAGAAUCCAUUCGCGGGUCAACGAUUCGAAGCAUUUAAGCAAUUGGCCACGGCUGCCAAGAAGCAUGGAAGUUUGAUCGUUGGUCAGGUCGGCCAUCCUGGUCGUCAGACAUAUGAGCGGCUGCAAUCAAAUCCAGUUUCGGCUAGCGAUAUCCAGCUCGUCAUGGAGAAUUUUGGUACCUUCGGAAAACCCCACGCAGCUACCGAGGAGGAGAUUCAGGAUAUUAUCCGCCGUUUUGUCCAUGUAGCCGUGUACCUGCAAAAGGCUGGGUACGAUGGCAUUCAGCUGCACUCCGCCCAUGGCUAUCUCCUCGCGCAGUUCUUGUCUCAGACAACGAACAAGAGAACGGAUAAAUACGGUGGGAGCUUGGCCAAUCGCGCACGGAUCAUUGUGGAAAUCGCCCAGGCGAUUCGUCAAGCACUCCCAGGUCCCAACUUCAUCAUUGGAAUCAAGAUUAACUCGGUGGAAUUCCAAGCCCAUGGAUUUACCCCCGAGGAGUCAAAGGAACUGUGUGAGAUUCUCGACCGCACGAGCUUUGACUUUGUUGAAUUGUCUGGUGGAACUUAUGAAGCUGGCGCCUUCCAGCACAAACGGGAGUCUUCGCAGAAACGAGAAUCCUUUUUCUUGGAAUUUGCAGACCUCAUCACUCCUGCCCUCAAGCGCACCCGCAGCUAUGUGACCGGAGGAUUUCGUACAGCGUCUGGAAUGGUCCAGGCACUGCAAACAGUUGAUGGCGUUGGUCUGGGCCGUUCCAUUACCCAGGAGCCUCUCUUGCCAAAGGAGCUGCUCGCUGGCACUGUUCAGGGUGCAAUCCAGCAGAAGAUUGAUCUCCAGGACUUUUUCAAGACAAGCCGUGCCGCUGGCGCACAAAUGCUGCAGAUCGGUCAAGAUGAACAACCAAUUGACCUGAGCAACGAUGCCAACCUAGAAGUUUUCAUGAAUGGCCUUGGGGAAUGGGCUGAGCAAAUGCAGAAAGACGGGGCUGCAAUGAACAUGUACGGUUAUGCCCAGCUUCCCAAGGGUAAGCCAUUCCAAAGUCAAUUGUGA